CCAAACAAAAGAAAAAAGAAAAAGAAAAAGGAAGAAGGGCAUAUUCGGUAAUUUGGUGAAAAUGCAGUCAGCUAAAGAAACAGCGAGUAACGUAGCAGCUUCGGCCAAAGCCGGUAUGGAGAAAACCAAGGCCACCAUGCAGGAGAAGGGGGAGAGGAUGACCACGCGCGACCCGCUCCAGAAGGAACUGGCAACAGAAAAGAAGGACGAGAGGAAGUACGGUGCCGAGCUCGAGAAGCAGGAGGCGCGUGAGCAUAACGCCGCCGCCAAGCAGGCCGCGUCCGGUGGUGGAGUCGGGUUGGAGGAUCCGAACGCUGCUGGUGGUGCUAGGACCGGGCACGGCGCGGGAAGCACUUUCUAAAUUAGGGUUUAUGUGAUGUAAUAAUAAUUAAUUAAGUUUGGUUAAUUGCAGCCCUUUGUUAUUAGUCAUGGGUUGUGAUUUUUUUUUCUUUUUUUUUUUUCAAGUCCACGUGUUUUUUAAUGUAUGUGAAAUAAAAUAAAAUUUCUUGCCAUCAAUUAAGCACGAUGCGAAUUUAAUUCGACUUAGCUAUCA